AUGUCUGUGUUAUUACUCGACCCAAUAUCCUGGUUCUGCUCGACCGCGCCAGGCUUGAGAGACUGGAGCAAAGCGAGUCAAAGAAUCCUGUCCUUCCUGGAACCGUCCGAAGGAUUGCCAAAGCCCGGGCUUAUCUUCGCUACCAUUAUCACGACCGUCGCAACAUUCAACGUUAGCUACAUCUUCCUCCGCCGAAGGCCUCCCAUGAUGCUGCUGUCUUCUUUCAUCGGCGUCGCCUCAACAGCCAUGCUCUUUCUCCCGCCAGCUUUCGCAGUGGACAAGACCGUGGAUCCGCAGUUGGUGGCCAAGCUCAAGACCAUGGCAACGAUGAAAGACCGUCUGGACUUGCUUUCGGACAAUCAACUUCUGUACAAUUUCACGGCCAACCCAAUGUACUCGUGGAAACCGGGAAGUGUUGCCAAUGCCAACGCGGCUACGUGGCCGGUUCUAUCCACCGUUCGGAUGACGGUGGCCCAGCUGAAUCUGGGGCCUUGCGCCAUGUUAGCACCUCACAUCCACCGCGCCACUAAUCUCGUGGUUGCUGUGAGCGGGACAACCAACACGUACAUGGUCCAAGAGAACGGGGCGCGGCUGGUAGAGCAAGUGCUCACACCGGGAAUGAUGACCAUAUUUCCACGAGCGAGUGUCCACUCAAUGUAUAAUACAGGCUGCGAUAACAACCAGCUAUACUCAUUCCUUGAUGACAACGAUCCGGGCACAGUGAACCUGGCUCAAUCAUUCUUCAUGAUGCCCCAGGAGAUUGGGAUGCAAGUUAUGCCCUUCAUCAACUUGACCAACGGAAGCUGGAAUUCUACCGCGCAAUCCAUCCCCGCCAUUGGCACCGGAAGCCAGGACGGCUUUGACGCGUGUCGAAGAAAAUGCGGCCUCACUGGCGGCAAUCAAUACUAG